CAUCCGGGGCUGCCGCUGAAAGUGGGGCGGGGGAGAUCGCCGAGGGGCGCCGAUAUCCGUGGAGCGUUUUGUGCCCCUGGCAGCAACGAGGCUGGACGGGAGAAGAUUCGCCUUUGCCCCGGAGCAGCGGCUCAGCCACCGCCGGCUCUGUAAGGAAGGAGCCGGCUCUGGAUUAUCUCUCCCUCACCCCAUUCAGACAUAAACGGGGCACCUGGAGCUUCGGAGAUAACGAGACCUCGUACCCCUGUUGGGUCCAAGCAUCCAGGAAAGGAGGUGAACAAGAGCAAUGGAUGGCAAACAGCUGAGUCAAGGUGUUGAAGCCCUAGGAGACAGGAAGGAAGGCAACGCUGAUCCCAAAACCGAACCAGUUUUGGUGGAGUUCAAACAGGGACUCGGUGCUCUCCCGGAGGAAAUGUCCGCCCUUGGGGAUGAGCUCCCUGGAGGCAAAAGUCAAGGCUGGGUGGCUGAGAAGGAAGAGGACAGUGAUGAAGUGACUCCCAGCAUAGACAGUUCUGAACAACUGGAUAAACUUGGGAAAUUGUUAGGAAAAGCAAAAAGAAAAGUUUUUCAGGUUCCUCAGCAGGAAGAGACUUUGGGAAACGAGCAAAACAAAGAAAAGCAAGAGAGAAUUAUUUCAGGAAAAGGCCUAAAUAAGCUAGUUCUUUGUGCAGCUGGCAACAAAGACACUGUAAACAAGUGCAAGAGACAACUAAUAUGCGUCAAGUGUGGCAAAAGCUUCAGUAACAGCUCCAAUCUUAUUGCUCAUGAGAGAAUCCACACAGGCGAAAAACCCUACAAGUGCCUGAGCUGUGGGAAGAGCUUUGGUAAGAAAUCGACUCUUAUUGCUCACGAAAGAAUCCACACAGAGGAGAAACCCUAUGAAUGCUUAGUGUGUGGAAGAAGCUUCAGCCAGACUUCAAGCCUUAUCGCUCAUGAGAGAAUCCACACAGAAGAGAAGCCCUAUGAGUGUUCAGAGUGUGGGAGGAACUUCAGUUUGAAAUCGAGCCUGAUUGCCCACGAGAGAACCCACACAGGAGAGAAGCCCUACAAGUGCUCGGAUUGUGGGAAAAGCUUCAGCCAGAAAUCUGCCCUUAUUGCACACGUGAGGACUCACAAAGGAGAAAAACCCUACACCUGCUCAGUCUGUGGGAAGAGCUUCAGCCAGAGCUCAAACCUUAUUGCACAUGAAAGAAUUCAUACAGGAGAGAAACCUUACCAGUGUGCGGACUGUGGAAGAAGUUUCAACUGCAGCUCAAGUCUUAUUAGGCACCAGAGGAUCCACACGGAGGACAAACCAUAUGAAUGUUCAGACUGUGGGAAAAGCUUCAGCUGCAGCUCAAGCCUUAUUAGACAUCAGAGGACUCACACAGGAGAAAAACCCUAUGAAUGUUCUGACUGUGGCAAAACCUUCAGUGUGAGCUCCCAACUUAGUGUGCAUCAGAGAACCCAUACAGGAGAGAAGCCAUACGAAUGCUCAGACUGUGGGAAAAGCUUUAGUGUAAGAUCGAGCCUUAAUGCUCAUGAAAGAAUCCACACAGGUAAGAAACCUUACAAAUGUACAGACUGUCCCAAAAGUGUCUACUUGCGAUCCAGUCUCAAUGCACACAAGAGACUGCACAGAGGAGAAAAGCCGUACGACUGUGCAGAGUGUGGAAAAACCUUUCCUUGCAGCUCAAGCCUCCUUAGACAUCAGAGAAUUCAUACAGGAGAGAAACCAUACAACUGUGCAGACUGUGGGAAAAGCUUCACUUUGAGCUCAAACCUUAUUACCCAUCAGAGAACUCAUACAGGAGAAAAACCAUACCAGUGCCUGGAUUGUGGCAAAUUCUUCAGUGUGAGUUCACAGCUCAAUGUACACCAGAGAACCCACACAGGAGAAAAGCCAUAUGAAUGCUCAGACUGUAGCAAGAGCUUCACUUGUAGCUCAGGCCUUAUUAGACAUCAGAGGACCCAUACAGGAGAGAAACCAUAUCAGUGUUCAGAGUGUGGGAAAAGAUUCAACCUGAGUUCAAAUCUUAUUGCUCAUCAGAAAACUCAUACAGGAGAUAAACCAUAUAAAUGUGUGUAUUGUGAGGAAAGUUUCUAUACAAGGGCAAAUUUUGUUGAGCAUCAUAAAGCCAGCCACAUAGGAGCUACAGAUAUGAAAACAGAUGACAACAAAGUUAAUCAUGACUCCCAGUCUAUUAAUUACCAAAUAAACUAUGUAGGAUGGGAUUGACAAAACUUACUGAGGAGAGCAUAAUAUAUUGGAAAGUUCUUUAGCCAUACAUCACUGGGGCUGGUGGAAGUUGUGGUCCAAAGCUGGAAGACACUAGGUUGGCAAAUGCUGCUGUAAGCCAUUCUCUUGGAUGUGUCCAAUUUUUUUUUUAAAAAAACCAUGUUUCAUUCUAUAUCUGACAUGCUGAAAAGUGUGAAAAGGAAUUAUUUUACUUGAUAAUUUCAGAUGUAUCAGUUUCUAGACAUCUAAUAAAGGUUGUGGAAACGGUUUUUUUUUUUUAAA